GAACUUCAGUUUUAUCACACAGGUCAUUAAGCCAAGCCAACCCAAAUGUAUGGGUCUGUCAAAGUCAUGUGUUAGGCGUCUCACUCCAACCCCUCUUCGCUUUCUCUCCACAAACACCUCCAAAACUCGAAACGAAUUCACCAACCUCUGCUCCAAAGGCCGCCUCAAAGAAGCAUUCGAAUCAUUCACAUCAGAGAUUUGGUCAGACCCAUCUCUCUUCUCUCACCUCCUCCAACAAUGCAUUCAUACCCAAUCUCUCUCAUUCCUCAAACACCUCCAUUCUCUGAUCAUCACAUCUGGGUCUUCCUCAGAAAAGUUCGUCUCCAACCACCUACUCAACGCCUAUGCCAAAAUCGGAGAACUUUCAACCGCCGUUACACUGUUCGACGUAAUGCCCAGGAAGAACAUCAUGUCUUGCAACAUUUUGAUUGGUGGGUUCAUUCAGAAUGGUGAUUUAGAGAGUGCACGUCAGGUGUUUGAUGAAAUGCCGGAACGAAAUGUUGCGACGUGGAAUGCGAUGGUUGCGGGUAUGACCCAGUUUGAGUUUAACGAGGAGGGGUUGAGUUUGUUUUCCCAAAUGCAUGGUUUGGGCUUUAUGUUGGAUGAGUUCACUCUGGGUAGUGUUCUUCGAGGUUGUGCGGGUUUGAAAGAUUUGAAUGCGGGCAGGCAGGUUCAUGGGUAUGUGGUGAAAUCUGGGUUUGAGUUCAAUUUAGUUGUUGGGAGUUCUUUGGCUCACAUGUACAUGAAGUCUGGAAGUUUGGAAGAAGGAGAGAGAGUGAUCAAAGCAAUGCCAAUUCACAAUGUGGUUGCUUGCAACACGCUUAUUGCGGGUAGAGCUCAAAACGGGUUCUCUGAGGGUGCUUUGGAUCAGUAUAAUAUGAUGAAAAUGGCAGGUUUUAGUCCUGACAAGAUUACGUUUGUGAGUGUAAUCAGUUCAUGUUCGGAGUUAGCAACACUUGGACAAGGCCAACAGAUUCAUGCGGAGGCAAUAAAAACUGGUGCAAGUACUGUUGUUGGUGUUAUUAGUUCACUGAUUAGUAUGUACUCUAGAUGUGGUUGUUUGGAUGAAUCUGUAAAAGCUUUCUUGGAAAGGGAAGAAGCCGAUGUGGUCUUGUGGAGUUCAAUGAUUGCUGCAUAUGGGUUCCAUGGGAAGGGAGAGGAAGCCAUCGAGCUGUUUAAUCGGAUGGAUCAAGUGGGGUUGAAUGCAAAUGACGUUACUUUUUUAAGCUUGCUUUAUGCUUGUAGUCAUUGUGGAUUGAAAGAUAAAGGACUUCAAUUCUUUAAUUUGAUGAUAGAAAAGUAUGGAUUGGAGCCUCGGCUAGAACAUUAUACAUGUGUGGUUGAUCUGCUUGGCCGGUCUGGCUGUUUGGAGGAGGCAGAAGGUUUUAUAAGAACUAUGCCUGUAAAGAAAGAUGCUAUUAUAUGGAAGACUUUAUUAUCUGCCUGUAAAAUUCAUAAAAACGCAGAUAUUGCUAAAAGGAUUGCUGAAGAAGUUCUUAGGCUUGAUCCUCAGGAUUCAGCUCCUUAUGUGCUGCUGUCGAAUAUUCAAGCCUCUGCUAAAAGAUGGCAGGAUGUUUCAGAAGUGAGGAAAGUGAUGAGAGAUAGGAGGGUGAAGAAGGAGCCAGGUAUCAGCUGGUUUGAGGUGAAGAACCAGGUUCACCAGUUUUGUAUGGGUGACAAAUCCCAUCCACAAUCAAUGGAGAUUGAUAUGUACUUGAAAGAACUGACUUGGGAAAUGAAACUGCGGGGUUACGUGCCUGAAACCGGCUCUGUUUUACAUGACAUGGAUGCUGAGGAGAAGGAACAUAACUUGGCACACCAUAGCGAAAAGUUGGCAAUUGCUUUUGCUCUGAUGAACACCCCAGAGGGUGUUCCAAUCCGGGUGAUGAAGAAUUUGCGUGUCUGCAGUGAUUGCCAUGUUGCUAUCAAGUACAUGUCGGAGAUAGAAAACCGAGAAAUUAUUGUACGAGAUGCUAGUAGGUUUCACCAUUUCAAAGAUGGGAAAUGUUCUUGUGCUGAUUACUGGCAUGCUCAUUUACCUGGAAGUUAUGAUACACAUUGACAUUCACAUGGGCUCAUCGGUCAAUCUCUGCCCACAGAACCUGUAUAAAAUUGCUCCACCUCCUUUAUAAGACUUGACUUGUGAUGCCUUCUGUUCUCCCACCCCCAAGUUUACUCUGUGUGUGUUUAGCUCAAAAUAUUGCCCAAACUUCUGUUGAGGUGGCUGGAUCUUCUUCCUUACCUCCAUCAUUUGGUCCCAUGUUCUACCUCAAUUCAAGUUUUCCCUCAAUUUGGUACAACAAUGAUUCUAAUGGUAGGAGUCUCGUCAGUGAAGACAGCUCAACAAUCGUGAGAGCAAUCUUCUCAAGAAGGGGAAGCAUUGAGUUUGUUUGUGGAUUCUACUGGUUCGGCAGUUGCACCUAUUACUUGUUCUCAGUUGCCAUUGUUGGUGGAGGCAAUCACAGUGUAGUUUGGUCAACAAAUGUCGGCCAUCCUGUGAAAGAAGGCGCGAUGCUACAACUUACAGUAGAUGGAGAAUCAGUACUGCGAAUUUCAAUGGAGACCACGUGUGGUCAACCAAUACAUUAGGCAAGUCUGGUGGGAAUGAACAUGACAGAACGGGGAAAUUUGGUUCUAUUCAACAACGAAGGAGCAAUUGUUUGGCAGUCUUUUGAUUACCCCACGAAUACAUUGCUUGUUGGGCAGCGGUUAUAUGAGGAUCAAAAACUCUUUUCAAGUUCCUCAACUUAUGGGCUCGUGGUUUGUACUUUGCCACAUUGAAAUUGGCUACAGGUUUUGCUACAUACAUAGGAGGUAAGGGUCAACCACAAAUGUAUUAUCAGUUGGUGCCAGAUCAAACCUCAACCACUAGCAGAGGACCAUAAUAUGCAGAGCUUCAACAAGGAGGUUUCCUUGUGAAUUUUGGUACAUCUCAAUCAAUGUUUAAAAUAAAUGCCAUCAAUUUUCCUCCACUGUUAGCACUGCAUAUAUAAAAUUAGGUAGUGAUGGGCAUUUGAAGAUAUUCCAUCACAGUAAUGCCAAUAGGUGGAGGGAGAUUGUUGAUAUGAUUACCCAUGAUUUAGGUGAAUGUCAACAUCCUCGCCACUGUGGUGAAUAUGGCUUAUGCAGACAAGGCCAGUGUAGUUGUCCCAUAGGCAUUAAUUGGGUUCGAUAUUUUGACCAGACACAGCCAAAAUGGAAAACAUCAGCAACAGACUCAGUAUCAAAUACCCUAUAUGGGUUGCUCUAGGAUUACUUCUUUGUCUUGCCCACCUCCCUUUGAGAAGAAGCAUUAUCUUGUUGAAGUUAGAAAUGUAAGCUACUUCAACCUCAUCGACGAAGAUGCUGCAUUUCCAAAUAUCAGUGACAUAGAGAGAUGCAAAGAGAUCUGUUUGCUAAAUUGUUCCUGUGGUGCAGUCUUUUUCAGGUACAACAAUAAUGUUGCAGAUGGGUAUUGUUAUAUCCCAUCCACGGUAUUGACAAUUAGAGAAGGGCAAAUCCUAAACCGCAGUUUUGCAUCUGCAACAUUUGUCAAGGUCCAAAUUCCUUGUAAGGCAGCAAACAGACAAGUAAAGGCACUGUGCCUGACACUUCUCCACCUGCUUCACUUUCAAGAAAUCGAAGAAAUUUAAAAGCAAUAAUAGCAUUGUCGUGUGCUGGUGCCCUUUUAAUUUUUGUUGUUACAAUUGUUACACGCUUUGUGAUGUUGCGCCCAAGCUGCUCAGAGGACGGGGAGGACUGUAUGAAGCAAGUUCCAGGAAGUCUAGUGAGGUUUUCAUAUGAACAGCUAUGUGUUGCAACAGAAGAUUUUAAGGUGAGAUUGAGAGGUGGAGCAUUGGGAACUGUGUUCAAAGGGAUGUUGGAAGAUGGCACUUAGAUUGCAGCGAAGCGUUUGGAUAAAUUAGGCCAAGGGAUGGAGGAAUUCUUUGCUGAAGUUGAGACACUUGGACACAUACACCAUGCUAAUCUUGUGAGGUUGAUUGGGUUUUGUGCAGAAAAAGCUUGCAGGCUUCUAGUGUAUGAGUAUAUGACUAAUGGCUCUUUGGAUAGCUGGAUUUUUUGGAAUAACCAGAGACCUUGCCUCAAUUGGCAAGCUCUGAAGAAGAUUAUACUUCACAUAGCCAAAGGGCUGGCUUACCUGCAUGAAGAAUGCUGGCAGAGAAU